AUGGCGCAGAAGAAAGCGAUGGAAGUGGUGAAGGGGCUCGACUUGGAGAGGUACAUGGGCCGUUGGUACGAGAUUGCCUCUUUCCCGUCCAGGUUCCAGCCUAAGAACGGCGAGGACACUCGCGCCACCUACGCCCUGAACCCCGACGGCACGGUGCACGUCCUGAACGAGACAUGGAACGGAGGGAAGAGAGGUUUCAUCCAAGGCUCAGCCUACAAGGCCGAUCCAAAGAGCGACGAGGCCAAGUUCAAAGUCAAGUUCUACGUCCCUCCUUUCCUCCCCAUCAUUCCCGUCACCGGCGACUACUGGGUCCUCUACAUCGAUCCCGAUUACCAGCACGCCGUCAUCGGCCAGCCCUCCAGGAGUUAUCUCUGGAUAUUGAGCAGGACGGCUCAGCUGGAUGAAGAGACAUACAAGCGACUGGUGGAGAAGGCGGUGGAGCAAGGGUACGACGUCAGUAAGCUCCAUAAGACACCUCAGAGUGACACCCCACCUGAGAUCGACUCUGCUCCCGACGACACCAAGGGCGUUUGGUGGUUCCAAUCCCUCUUCGGCAAAUAA